AGAGAGAGAGAGCAGAACGGGACAGAAGUUGUGCAGACCUGGGAGCGUGUGUGCGUGUGUGUGGAUUGCCAGCAGCUGAAAGUCAGUAGCACAGCCUUGGUGAGCGUAAGAGACUGUUUGAUGCAACACUUCAGUCAUUGGGUGAGCUCAGAGGAGACUACAGAUGGCUGAAGGAGUUGAAGUUGAAGCCAGGGCAAGCCCACCCACUACUGCUGUACACUCAUCACCUCUCCAUGAGCCAUCGGCUGCCAAACUUCUGACAUCCAUCUGAAACAUUCCACAAUAACUCCAAGACACAGCAGACCAUACACACACCUACUCUCGCCUCCAUCAACAAUGGCUGGACUGUGCAGACACACCAAGAAAUUCUAGAAUCGGCCUCACUUCUGAAAUUCCACGUUAUCCAAACACAUCCACAAAUCUUCAGCUUUGAAUUAAUGCAGUUGCAAGUACAGAGACAAUGCAUUUUUGUACUUUACAUCACUAAGCUGAACAAUCCCAUUUAUAUUUGUUAUUUUAUGCCUGCAUAUAUUAGCCUUAUUGAGGCAAACAUUUGAUUCAUAUCAAUGUCUCUACUGUCCCUUUUCUCAGUAUAGGCUAGUAUUAAUUAGUAAGAAGGUAUCAAUGAAAGGCAGUAAAGGCGGGAAUACACUACUCAGCAUUUAAAAUUGGAACAGAUUUAAAACUCUAGGCAUCCUACACUUGCCAACUUUGUAAAUGUUUUCAGAGGAAAAACUGGGCAUCAUACACUAAACGACUGAGAAUCACAUGCUACCAGACUUUCACGUUGUUUAGAAUCAGAACACAACAAUGUAAAGAAUACAUAUGCUCUAAAAUUGGCUCAAAAUAUCAAAAAUGUAUGAUAUCCUCCAACAUAGUACUAAUCAUAAUCAUAGUGCUAAAAAGCAUAGUGCCCAUCAAACAGUACAUGAUUUUCUAUGCAAUCUAUUAAAUCCAACUGCCCAACUUAAGGCUUGUUCUCAGUAAGAACAAUAACUAUAUAGAUAACUAUAUUGCUAACUAUAUUAGUGUUUUGUCAGUUAUGUCAUCUGUCGUUUUAGUUUUUUAAAGUCGGGUGGAUUCUGAUGGCAGUGGCUAUUUUAUCGUUCAUCAGUUCUGAAAGUGAUUCUAACACUAUUGUCAUUAUAGUGUGAACAUCCCUAUUCUUAAAUAACUUUAUAUUUAUAGUUAAUAAGACAUGUUCAUAGUGACAGGGCACUGCAUCACUAUGUAUGAUUUUGCAUUUUAGCAUUAGGAAGCUAAGCUGGCUGAAAAAAAGUAGAACUACUAAGGAGGGAAAGAGGUCGUCUGAAAAGUGUUUUUGUCUGUUGAGCAGUGCAAUAUUAGCAGUCUGCUGAGUGCUGAUAAUCACCUCAUUAGCUCAGUCCUUACAGACCUUAAUUUUUAAAUCAGGCUCUGUUGCUCCACACACACCAAAUGUGUUACUUUUGGCUGGUUCUUUAACUGGUGUUUUAUUCAUUCAGGCCAUUCAAAACGCAAUGGAAAAGAGGGUGACCUGCUGAAGAAGUUUUCCAAAACUCUGCAAUAAGAAGACCAUUAGUGAAAUAUCUCAAAGCCAAAAAUCACAGGACAAUUUAGAUAGCCUAAUGCAGAUAACUUGGAUCAGUCAGAACUGAUAAAUCAGAGUGUAAGGUGCUUUGCUGUCUGGGCUCAACCUUAUCUGUACAGCCUGAGGCUGUAGACGUUAUUUGUGUAUACUGUAUAUAAUACACAUCUGAGAUUCCUAUCAGAUAAUAAUGCAAUGUAAUCUUUCGUUUGUGAGUGUACCACAGUAUUCUGUCUUCUCUUUCAUCAUUAAGGCUUCAGUAAUGCGAGUUGAUCAUGCCACUAUUGCAGAUGUCUUAUUCGGUCAGUUAAUACACCUCUUUUUCUUGAGAAAUAGUUCCAUUAGGUCAUAGUCUUACUAUUUGUUUGGCAGAAUACCCAAUAUGGCAGAAAGCACAGAAAUGGACGAGCUUCUGAGCGCCUUUAAGAAGUUUGCUGUUCAUGGUGACACCAAAGCCAUUGGAAAGGAGAUGAAUGGGAAAAACUGGGCUAAACUGUGCAAAGAUUGCAAAGUUAUUGACAGCAAGAAUGUCACCAGCACUGAUGUAGAUAUAGUCUUCACUAAAGUCAAAGCAAAGACAUCUCGGGUCAUAACAUAUGAGGAGUUCCAGAAAGCUCUAGAAGAUCUGGCACCAAAGAGGUUCAAAAAUCAAAGCAAAGAAGAGGCACUGCAGUCAAUAUAUAAGCUAAUCGAGGGAAAAGAACCCACCAAUGUUGGUGUAACGAAAGUGGCAAAAACUGCUGCCGUGGAUCGGUUAACUGACACAUCUAAAUAUACAGGCUCACACAAGGAGCGCUUUGAUGAGAGUGGUAAAGGCAAAGGAAAAGGUGGGCGGGAGGAGAUUGUGGAGCACACGGGUUACGUAGGUGCCUACAAGAACGCUGGGACUUACGAAGAGAAGACAAAGGCCAAGUAAGGCCCCACUGUCUCCAUGUCAGCAAGCUCUGAGCUUCAUCUUCAUCAGCACUUAGGUCUGGACCAAAGCCAAACUUGAACUUUGACCUGUAAGAUCACACAUCCACUAUGCAGUGUAACACAGGAAGUGUUGUAAAUGUUUGUCUUUAAGGAUAAAGAACAUAGUAUUACAGUCGGUUUUAUUUAGAAAGUUGACAGAAGGAGAGGAACUGGUGAGGACUGGUCUCAAUCCUUUUAGAUACCAGCCCCUGCUGUAUGUAGAAUUUCAGGUGAAAAUCUCAAAGAGCAAGCAUAAAGACAGCUCUUCGGGUGGGGAAACGGAUACGUAUUUGUUUCAGUUUUUAUGUUGCUGUUUGCUUCAGGGAGGGGACAAGCGGAACACAGGAAGCCAUUUAAGAGAUUUAUUUCUUCCAACAUGUGAAUAGAUGCGAACGGAAUUGCUGUCAAUAAAAUCUAACAAUAUUCAUUGCUAAAACUUAAAUGUCAUUCUCUAAAGGAUAAUGGUAAACCAGCUUUAUGUGUGUAGCUACCCUUCUGUUAUUAUUUCCAAAAAUUCACUGACAUAUCUUUGUUUAAGUUAGCUUACUGUGUUACUGAAACUGGAAACUGCCUUUGUAUAAACCAUUACUAAAUAACUUUUGGUGUGCUUUAUUAUAAGUUUUGUUUUUGUAUUUUGUCUUUUUUUUUUAAAAUAACAAAUAAAUACAUACACAGCUUUUUUUCUGCAGCAACAGCAAAACCUUUCUGGUGAGGUACAAGACUAAAACAGACAACAACAAAAAAUAGUGUCUGUGUAAUUACAACUAUUCAUCAUUAUAAUAACUAUUAGUUUCAAAAUAAAGAUGAAAUAGAUUAUGGUUUCACAUUCUACAGCAUGCUUAAAACACAUCCAUCAUGCUAAUAUCAAUAUCCUGUAAAACUAAGGGGUUUCAAAUAACGUUAGGGGUCCAUGAAUGGGGUAUCCCUGAAGGCUGUUAAUGAAAUUAUAUGGCAAGGUCUCUGGUUUGUAAAGGUUGAAAACCUUUUUGCUUUAGGCUAUUCAGCACUCGGCACAUAAAAUUAAGUUCUUUGCACCUGCCCGUGCUGCCUCUCAUAAACCUAACAAAAAUGUGCCACUGUAACCACAGUAACCUCCAAAAAUACAGUAGUAAAACUGUGGUUAAAAUAAACAAAUAACACCAUUUACUUAAUAACAAAGUCAAAAGCGCGGUUUACUGUCAUAUCCAGCAUUACACACGGCGUGUGUACGAAACACCGGUCCAUUUGUCCGAAGUCUACCCUGAGGGACAGGCGCUGCCGGUCCCGCUGUUGCUAUGGCAACCGCACCACACACAAACAAAACAGCGGCACCUGGCUCGCCUUCCCCUGCCCUCUGAGUGUUUGUAACCAAACACACUCGUUCAUGGCAACGUUUGUUUGGUUCAUCUCCUUGGAAGCGUUUAAUCAAAAACAUCUCGCUCCAUUCCAGCUCGAGCCUUUGUUGCUCCUGUCACAUGUUGAUGAAUGGCAUCGCACAGCAGCGUCGCAAUCGCCUUUAGUCAAGUUCAGUGCUCGCAGCGCGCUGUAAUCAACCGGCUGAUUAAUUGCCUGUUAACAUGAGUCGCGGAGCCCAACGGGCUUGCCUGGCGCUGCCGAUACAGUGUGCCGCACAUGCAGGCGGAUGACUGCCGAGUGCCUCUAUGGGGAGGUACGACACACGAUUAUGUAAUGUUAAAAUGUACAUUUACACUAUAUAAGAAGUCAUUUUAAUGGCCGGCCACAUGUUUUAUUUCUAGUGCAAGGUCUGUGUACAAUUUGAAUAAUCACGUUUUUACGUCGGCUAUGUCUGAUGUGGUUCUUGCUCUGAAACGCUUGACAACCAUUAAAGUUACAUUUCCCCCGGAUGUCAACAAAGGAAGUGGAACGACAAAAUACAUAAUUUAAUGAGUGCACUGUGUAAAGUAAGAUAACUUUUUUUUUAAAGUUAACUUCCCUUAAUUUUGAAACCAACCCACCUGUUAAAUAUUUCGCAUGCUCAUAUUC